CAUGACACCAUGUCAAUAGCAUCUAAGGUGACACUGGGGGCUGCGUGCUGUACAACCCUUGGUAUCGUUGGUUAUGUUCAUCUCAAGCAGAAUAUUGACAGAGCGAGGCUACAUGAAGGGGUGAUCAAAGAUGUUGAGCGGCAGCAGCGGCGGAAGGCAGAGAAUCUAUAUGUUCUUCAGCAGCAAGCAGACCUUACUAAACAGCUGCGGAAGGAACAACAAGCAGUAGGGGAAAAGAGUCAGGUCUGACAGAAGAAGAUUGUCUCUUUUUCAUGUAUAUAGUAUUUAAGUUCUUGUAGUGCAUUGGAAAAACCCAUCAUUAUAAAUAGAGUGAGAAUUAAAAGAGAGAUAUCAAAAUA